GUGACAGCACGAAGGAGGGUUACGUCUGCCAACUGCUGGAUUUCCCAAAUUUGCCUGCCCUUUAGGUGCGAGCUGAGGUGUGUGAGUGUCGGGGACCAGCGGGAUUGGGGAGGCCCUGGCCUGGACGAUCCCCCGCCAUCCGGGUCUGAAAACAGGAGCCCUCGUCUCGUAGGAGGCGCGGGAAGGAAGGUAUUUUAGAGACCCAAGAUGGGCAGAAAGGAUGCUUCCACUUUAAAACUUCCUGUUGAUCAAUAUAGAAAGCAAAUUGGUAAACAGGACUACAAGAAAAACAGACCUGUUUUAAGAGCAGCCAAGUUAAAAGCAGAAGCCAAGAAAGCAGCGAUAGGCAUAAAGGAAGUAGGCCUUGUCCUUGCAGCUAUAUUGGUACUCCUGCUGGCUUUCUAUGCUUUCUUUUAUCUCAAAUUAUCCACUGAGGUUGACCCUGUCCUGGAGGUGAAUGGAAAUUAGCAGUGCAUUGAUCAUUGGAUCUCAGUCCCUUUUUGGAAAAGGGAAUCCGUGGAUAACACUAUUUGAGAAUGCUCUCACCAACAACAUUCUGAACUUUUUCAAAGCAUGAAACUCCUCAGGAUCUUUCAGCUAUUCUUCAUUUGGGGAACAGUUUUAAGGUUUAAAUGAAUAUCAAGCAAAGAUCCUCACCUUGUAAUGGAAUGUCAAGUUGCACUGGACAUUUUUCCCAGCAUUGUUAUUGUUUUUCUUAUAUUGCAGAAAAGACAAGUUUUCUCUACGUAUACUGCUUAGUUAUUAAAACAAAACAAAACAAAACAAAACAAACAAACAAACAAAAAAACAAUGGAACUUCUCUUCUUGGAAAGCCUAGUCCAAUUGUCCUAGUACAAUUGCAAGAAUGAGAAUUGUUUUCUGAUCAUCAAAUCCUUUGUUUCUUUCCAAUCACAUGGAAUGAAAUUCUAAAUUAAAGUUUAUUCUUAUUUAUGGAUACCUACUCAGAUUGCAUUCAUACUUAUGUGAUUGAAGGAAAAGUUCCAGGAAAUUUUGUGUUUUAGAAGAAAAUGCUACUUUUUCUACAAGCAUAUUUUAUUUCAUCAUAGAUUCUAUCCGCACAUACAUUUACAGUCAUCUUUUUCUUUCUUCGCCAACUGUUCAGCGCACAUGUGCUCUUUCAGAAAUGGCACCUGGAUGACAGAAGCUCGAAGAGUCACAUAUGCCUCUAAAAUCUAGUUCUUUGCCUCUUGGGCUGUCUGAACUGGUGUAAAUAGAAAGUUCAGUUGAUGUUGAUUUUAAUUAGUAUAUCACUUUAUUAAUACAAAGUUGGAAUUCUAUUUUAAUUAUGUUGUUCCUGCUGCUUGAAGUAUCAGUUUGCUCCUCUUGUUAGGAAUAUGUAAAAAAAAAAAAUCUUUUUCAUGCAUAUUCUUCCAAAUAAAAAUGAUCCAAAGUUUUUGAAAUUUUGCUUUAUACAAAUUUACAUUUCACCUCUCAAGACAUUACUCAAUUAAAUCCCAAAGAGGAAAUAAAUUAUACAAGAAUAAAGGAUGUUUCUUUAUACAGUAUAUAUUAUAAAAGUUUCUGUUUAGACAAAUCUUUUUUUUACAGUUAUUAUUGAAUCAUUUGUCAGAAAAUAAAUUUGACAAAUUCAGCACUUUAAAAAUUGAUGAUUUUUUAAUUUCCAAAGAAUGCAUAUUUUUAAAAAAAUGAAACAAUAUUGAGUACCCUGGUAAACCAAUAUAGGAGCUUAUGCAGAACGUUUUAAUGGCAUUAUGAAACCAUCAAAGAUUUACAUAUUGAAUCAAUAAAUAGAAAU